UGCCGAGGGGGCAGGGCGGCGCCCGGGACUUGCCAGGAGGGGCUGAGCUGUCCCCUUGGGCUGAGCAGAUGUUCACCGAAGGCCUUGCUGGGUUUUCUCGUAACAUGUGCCGCGUGCACGCUUGGCUUUCCAGCAGGCCUCGUUUCUCCGCUGGGGCAAAUGAUUCUCGAGAGCCUGUUAUAAAAGUGACUCAAAACAGAGGGGUUUGCUGAGUGUUUCCCUGCGGCCUCGCCAGCUGCGUAUUCUCCCACCCGUGUCGCCACGAAAGGGCCAGAUCCUGCUCUCCUCGCUCAGGGCACGCUCUCGUGGGGGUCGCUUUCGAGGGGCCGGGAGGUCCCGGCAGCCUCGACUUGUGCUUUGUCCUCGAUUCUGCCAACAGAGCCCCAUGCUGUGUAGGUUCCUCCACCAGGUCCGGGCCCGGGGAGUUCUCCUUGAGCGUAGAAACCUGAACAUCCGCACGACGAACGCUCCAGUCUAGGGUGUCCGGGUACCAUUGGCCUGGGAUUGUCUCUCUUGCCGACAACCCCCUGCAAAAUCGGGACUCGUGACUGUUCGCUUAUUGCAAUGGACCCUUCUCCGGAAUCCACCAAAUCUCCCAAAAGUGCCCAGCCCCGACGCAGACCUUCCAGGAGCGCGAGCCUGGCCCAGGCCAUGGAGGAGAGCUGCGAGCUGGACCUGGUGUACAUCACCGAGCGCAUCAUCGCCGUCUCCUACCCCAGCGCGGCCGACGAGCAGCGCUUCCGCAGCAACCUCCAGGACGUGGCCCACAUGCUCAAGUGCAAGCAUGGGGAUAACUACCUGCAGAUAGGGCGUGCGGACCAAGCCCUCGACAGGUUUGCCAUGAAGAGGUUCUACGAGGACAAGGUGACGCCGGUCGGGCAGCCGUCGCAGAAGAGGUAUGUCCAUUACUUCAGCGGCCUGCUGUCUGGCGCCAUCAAAAUGAACAACAAGCCCUUGUUCCUGCACCACGUCAUCAUGCAUGGUAUCCCCAACUUCGAGUCCAAAGGCGGUAAGUGCCGGCCUGGCCUGGGAUCCCCUCCAAGCCCCCCUUCCUGCUCUCUUUGCCUCCAGUACUUUGCCUCUUACUGCGGGGUGGCGCCGGGGCGCCUGCUGUGGCGGGUUGGCCACGCUCUGUGUUCCCUCUGUUCUCUUUCCAUCCCAGACGACCGGUUUCCGGAGUACGGGAAGGUGGAGUUUGUGUUCUCGUACGGCCCGGAGAAGAUCCAAGGGAUGGAGCAUCUGGAGAACGGCCCCAGCGUCUCGGUGGAUUACAACACCUCGGACCCCCUCAUCCGCUGGGACUCCUACGACAACUUCAACCUCCGCCGUGAGGACAGCGUGGAGGGCACGUGGGCUGGGCCCCUGCUCGGAUCCCGCCAGCAAGACGGCAGCCUGGAAAGCCAGAGCCCGGGUGGGUCCGGUUCCAGCCCGCAGCUCAGCCCCCCCCCGCCGGCGAGCCACGGCAUCCCCGAGUUCCCCCGGGUGGCCUCCCCGAAGGAGAUCGAGCAGUCCAUCGAGGCGCUGAACAUGCUUAUGCUGGACAUGGAGCCCGCUGUCUCCCUGAGGCACAAGUCCCCGAGCGUUGCCGCGGCCGCCAGGGAGGACAGGCCCAGCCCCACUGCAGGGGUGCAGGCCCGGGAAAAGUCCCCGGAGGAGCCCGGCGGGCCCGUCCGAAGACGCACGACCAGCGACGGCCAGUACGAGAACGGCCCCCAGGAGCCUGGCAUGCCCCAGAGCCCCACUGUCCGGUCGCCGGUCCACAGCUUCGCGCCGGAGGUGGUCAGCAGCAUUGCCGCCAACCCAGGAGGGAGGCCCAGAGAGCCCCAUCUCCACAGCUACAAGGAGGCCUUUGAGGAGCAGGAGGGGACGCCGCCAAGCAGCCCGCCCUCCAGCGGAGUGCGCUCCCCGCCCGGCCUGGCCAAGACCCCGCUGUCUGCUUUGGGACUGAAGCCCCAUAACCCAGCGGACAUCAUGCUGCAACCCACAGGAGGGGAGGCAGUAGUUGAAUCUGAUGAAGAGCCCAGGAGCUACGUGGAGUCGGUGGCCCGCAAGGCCGUGACGGGAGCCGGGGGGGUGUCCCCGAGCCCCCCCUCUCCGUCGAUCUACAGCCCUGAGACGCCGGUGAAGAACGGGGUCUUCAGCAAUGCCUUCACCGCCCCCAGCCCCAUCUCCACCAGCAGCCCCAUUCACAGCAUGGACGGGGUGUCGCUCCGCAGCUACCCGUCCGAGAGCAGCGGCCCCAGCGCCGUCACGCCCCCGCGGCCCUCGGCCGAUUCCAGCUUCCUGUCGGCGCAGAGCAGCUACCAAAACGCCUCGCCCCCGUCCUUCCUCGGCUCCGUCCACCUCGCAGACAGCAGCCCCGAGACGCGGGCCAACCUGAAGUUUGUCCAGGACACCUCCAAGUACUGGUACAAGCCGGAGAUCUCCCGGGAGCAGGCCAUCACGCUCCUGAAGGACAGGGAGCCCGGAGCCUUCAUUAUCCGAGACAGCCACUCCUUCCGGGGAGCCUACGGGCUGGCCAUGAAAGUGGCCUCUCCUCCGCCCACCAUCCUGCAGCAGAACAAGAAAGGCGAUCUGACCAACGAGCUGGUGAGACACUUCCUGAUCGAGACCAGCCCGCGGGGGGUGAAGCUAAAGGGCUGCCCCAACGAGCCCAACUUCGGGUGCCUGUCGGCGCUGGUGUACCAGCACUCCAUCAUGCCGCUGGCCCUGCCCUGCAAGCUGCUCAUCCCCGACCAAGACCCUGGCCCUGGAGCCCACGCCCGCCGCGCUCCCCCCCCAGCCUGCAACGUGCUCUUCAUCCACUCGGUGGAGAUGGAGUCGCUGACCGGCCCGCAGGCCAUCGCCAAGGCCACCAGCCAGACGCUGGCCCUGGAGCCCACGCCCGUCGCCACCAUCGUGCACUUCAAGGUCUCCGCCCAGGGCAUCACCCUGACUGACAACCAGCGGAAAUGGACGAAAUCAGACGGUGGAGGCCCUGCCAAGCUAUUUGGCUUUGUGGCCAGGAAGCAGGGGAGCACGACAGACAACGUUUGCCACCUUUUCGCCGAGCUGGAUCCGGACCAGCCGGCCACCGCCAUCGUCAAUUUCGUGUCCAGGGUCAUGCUCGGCUCCGGCCAGAAGAGAUGAGCCACCGGACAUGGGUGCUGCUGGCCCUUGGAUUUUGGAGGAGGACUUGGAGCUGACCCGAGAAGGCGCGCGAGGAAGUGCAUUUGUGGGAGAGGGAAGUGAAUUCGGGGGGAAAAGGUCUGAAUUGUGGAAGAAAAACCCCACCCCACCCCAGCGUAACAAAGCCAACCUCCGGGAGGCGAUGGCCGCCCGCGACUCGCGCUUUUGCAUCAGCAUCCCCGCGGGGCGGUUUCCAGUGGCGAAUUCACCCCAGGUCCAAGCGGGAACGUUCGUGGCCCUGCUGUUUGAAAACCGACAACUCUGUUUGUAAAUGUGGUGUAAAUAACCGGUAGGAAUGAACCCCUGUGGCGAAAGGCGCCAACGAAAGAGAGGCCUGCAGGACUUCCCGGGGAGUUCCCCGUUGGAACAGCCGACCCUAGGGGCUGUGGUGGAGUCUCUCCAUCCUGAGCCAUUUUUAAAUCAAGAGGAGAUGCUUUGCUAAGAGAGGCGCUAGUUCACAGGGGAAUCAAUCCUGCCCCCAAAAGCGCAGGGCCUGGGCCACUUGAGCUAAUGGGGGAAGCGUGCUUAGCAGUACAGGGCCUAUGACACAUAGGUGAGCCGUGCUGAUUCCACCUAGUCCAGGGUGACGGUGAGGCAUCGGCAGUUCUUAGACACACACAGUGUUGCAUUGAAGCUUGCCCUUCCCUAGCUGCACUCAGGAGCCUGCUUUCCACAGCCGGGUGGUCCGCACCGGGACGUGCCUCUGGGCCGUCCCCAGUGGGGUCUGCAAGACCAGUACUUUGCCCUGGUUGCCACCGGUUCCCUGGAAAACCAGCACAUUGGAAGCUGCAGCAGGGCGGGUCGAGCCAGGUCCCUGCUCCUUCGGAAGCCGUCCAAGCGGUUUGCUCGCGGCGGGGACAUUGGCUUGCGCAAAAGGG